GCGGCCCGGCCAUGUCGGGCCUCCUGGGCAAGCUGUUCGGGACGGGGACGGGCGGGAAGGGUGCCGGGAAGGGCCCUUCCCCGCAGGAGGCCAUCCAGCGGCUCCGCGACACCGAGGAGAUGCUGAGCAAGAAGCAGGAGUUCCUGGAGAAGAAGAUCGAGCAGGAGCUGGGCGCCGCCCGCAAGCACGGCACCAAGAACAAGCGCGCUGCUCUUCAGGCCCUAAAGCGAAAAAAGAGAUAUGAGAAGCAGCUUGCGCAAAUAGAUGGCACGUUGUCCACAAUUGAAUUCCAGAGAGAAGCCCUUGAAAAUGCCAACACGAAUACUGAAGUCCUCAAGAAUAUGGGCUUUGCUGCUAAAGCAAUGAAAGCUGCUCAUGACAACAUGGAUAUUGACAAAGUGGAUGAACUAAUGCAAGACAUCGCAGAACAGCAGGAGCUAGCAGAUGAAAUUUCAACAGCCAUCUCCAAACCUGUAGGAAUUGGUGAAGAAUUUGACGAGGAUGAACUAAUGGCUGAAUUAGAAGAGCUAGAACAGGAAGAGCUGGACAAAAACUUGCUGGAGAUCAGUGGUCCAGAGACGGUUCGACUACCCAGUGUGCCCUCAAUAUCUAUACCUUCCAAACCAGCUAAGAAAAAAGAAGAGGAGGAUGAUGAUGACAUGAAAGAACUAGAAGCCUGGGCUGAAACCAUGUAGCUUUUUCACCUGCUGUUAGCUGGAGAAACAUUAGAGACUCUGUUCAUCUGCUUCUGCAGGUGCACGUGUGGGUGGGAGAUGACUCGAAGCGCAAUGUCUUUAUUUCUUUAAUCUAAACCCAAAGCAGUGGGAGUUGCAUUCUGCAUAGCGUGGUCUGAACGAGGGAAACAAAGUUCCCCAGGAAAGUUGCCUGCAGUUUAUGAUGUUGAAUUUCUUUAA